AUGGCAAAAAGAAAGGCAGACAACAGGAACUUUCUGGACAGGUGGGAGACAGAAUAUCUGUUUACAUAUGUAAAAGACAGACCUGUUUGUCUGAUUUGUGGAGUCAACGUGGCUAUAACUAAGGAGUACAACAUUCGACGACACUAUGAAACAAAACACCAUGACAAGUACAAGGACCUGGACAUGACUCAAAAGAGCCAGAAAGUGGAGGAGAUGAAAAGAAGUUUGGUUUCACAACAGAAUAUGUUCAAAAAAGCCACAUCACAAAGUGAGGCUGCUGUAAAAGCUAGUUAUAUUGUAGAAGUAGAGAUCGCAAAAUCGCCCUUUAAUGAGGGAGAGGUUGUGAAAAAGUGCAUGUUGAAAGUUUGUGACAUCGUGUGCCCAGAGAAAAAGCAAGCCUUUUCAAACGUGAGCCUGAGCAGAAACACAGUAGCUGAUCGCACAUGUGAUCUUGCCACCAAUCUGUAUGACCAGCUUUUGGAAAAGGGAAAAGAUUUCGUUGCAUUCUCCCUUGCUGUGGAUGAGAGCAGCGACGCAUCUGAUACUGCUCAGCUGUCAGUCUUCAUCCGUGGAGUGGACUCAAAUAUGUGUGUUACGGAGGAGCUAUUGGGAUUCAAAUCAAUGCAUGGCACAACCACAGGAAAGGAAAUCUUUGAGGAGGUUUCCAAAUGCGUAACUGAAAUAAAGCUGUCGUGGGAUAAACUCGUGGGAUUAACGACAGAUGGUGCGCCAGCGAUGUGCGGUAAAACAAGUGGACUGGUGGGCAGGGUCCGGGAGAAGAUGCAGGAAGAGAACUGUGCAGGUGAACUAACUGUUUAUCACUGCAUCAUACAUCAGGAAUCACUGUGUGGCAAAGCCCUAAAGAUGGAGCAUGUUAUGACCACAGUAACACAAGUAGUUAACUUUAUAAGAGCCAAAGGUCUGAAUCACCGCCAGUUUAAGUCUUUUCUGGAGGAGUGUGGUUCGGCGUAUUCAGACGUGCCGUAUCACACAGGUGAGGUGAGAUGGUUAAGCCGAGGAAAAGUACUGAAUAGAUGCUGCGCCCCCGCUCCGUUGCUUUUAAUAUGUCAGUUUCUGGAAAGCAAAGGGAAGGACACAGCAGAGCUUCGGGAGAAAAAGUUUCUGUGUGAGCUGGCCUUUCUGUGUGACAUCUCGAGCCAUCUCGAUGCGCUGAACCUGCAGCUUCAGGGGCGCGGGUGCAUCAACGACAUGUACGCUGCAGUGAGGGCUUUUAAAACUAAACUGUGCCUGUGGGAGAAUCAGAUGCUGCAAGGAAACCUUGGCCAUUUUCCCUGCUGCCAAACCAUGAACACGCAGUUCUUUACCAACUUGUUCCCAUGCGCACAGUUUGCUGAAAAACUCAGUGUACUCGGCGCUGAGUUUAGCCGGCGAUUUGCCGACUUUGAUGUCCAGAAAUGUAGGUUUGAACUGCUCAGUAAUCCCUUCGCAGUUAAUGUGGAAAACGCACCAACCAACCUCCAAAUGGAGCUAAUUGAACUUCAGUGUAAUGACACGCUGAAGUCAAAGUAUGAUGCUGUGGGCGCCGCACAGUUUCCACAGUUCAUCCCUGACACAAUGCCUCAGCUCCGCACCCAAGCUGCUCAGAUGCUCUCCAUGUUCGGCAGCACUUAUCUAUGUGAGCAACUUUUCUCCUCGAUGAAGAUGACCAAAACAUCUCACAGGAGACGUCUGACUGAUGAACACCUUCGCUCGAUACUGAGUAUUUCCUCUCAAAGCCUGAGCCCAGACAUUGAUGAACUAUCAUCCAAGAAGAGAUGCCAGGUUCCGACGCCGUCGGCCGGGUUUGUCCAGGCUCUGGCUCUUUCCAUUGGCUAUCAUCUUCCUGGUCGCCGAGGCACCUUUUCCUGGAUCUGCCAGGCCUGUCCGCCGCCUGGCCACGUGGGUUCUAGCCGGCAGCUUUCAUCCGACACUUUGCCCAGGUCGGGUUCCUUAAACGUCUUACAGGCCUUCUCUAGCAACUUCAGGUCAAGCAUGUCGCGGGCUUCGGACGUGGAUGACACCGUGUCAGUCCCAGAAUCUUCAGUGUCAGGCCAGUCCGGGUUUACGUCCAUCCAGCAGUCACUGUCCCAGUUACAGUCCACCAUUGACUCCCUGGUCAGCUCGGUAGCGGACGUACAGUCCAGGGUGACGGUGCUGGAAUCUCGGGGCCCCCGCGCCCCCCCAAGCGUUAAACCCUCCGGCGGUUCCCGCUGCUUCUCAGAUCUUUUCGUCAGUAUCAGAAAAGACAUUCUGGCGGGGAAGGAUGUGAACUUGGCGUCCAUCCUCAUCGCCUCUCAAGACGUGCCCGAGAACAGGGUCAUUAACUGUGGUGAUGUCUCACUCGUGCUCAAGGUCAAGGACGCUCGGCUUCAUAGGAAGCUCUCCAUCCCCGAAUUCGUGCUGGCUUUUAGCCUUUUCAGGGACAUCCUUUGUUCGGCUCAGCCCGAAAGGAGGUAG